AAAACCUCAGAGGACGACCGCGGCAACGGAUGUCCACAACAACCACCACUACGACUACAACACCUGCUCCAGAGACAGAAACGGAGAUCCUGGUGAAUACCACCGACAAAGACUCAACAUUCAGGAAGCGAAUGGACAUAUUCGACAGCACAGGUUCUGAGAACCCUCUUUCCGUGGUUUGGCCAUUGCGGGCGAGACCGGCUGCCUCAAAGCGGUUUCGAAUACCGACCCCAACCACCCCAGCUCCGCAGGUGCUGCUGAAACUCCUGCAACCAAAGCCCACCAGGCCAGCCAUCUACAGUUUGGAUGGCUUUGUCCCAAAGCCUUCCAUACAGAGGAUUGUAUCCACGGAGGCCCCUCCGCAUUUCAAGAAGACGGAUUUGCAACUGCUGUCCAGUAUUCCUAGAAGAAGAAAGAUCAACCGGUUCAGCAAGGAAGACGAAGACGACGAUGACUACCAGUACGUGACGAGAAGUAGAAGACGAAAGAAACCCGUCAGCCGCUACACCGCCUUCGCCAGAAAGGGAGUUCCGGGAGAGGACUAUCCGGUCUACACCUACAUUCCGCAGACGGAUUUUGAUUGCCGGGCUCAGCCUGGUCCCGGACUCUAUGCUGACCCAUUCACUGACUGUCAGGUGUGGCACAUGUGUCCUGGUGGCAAUCUCUCACCCCGGCACAGUUUCCUCUGCCCGAACGGAACCAUAUUCAACCAGAAAAAAAGAAUCUGCGACUGGUGGUACAACGUGGACUGCCGAAAGCAUCCGCGGAAAAUCAGGUCUAACUCUGACAAGGCUGCAGUGAAUGAAACAUCCUCAGUGAAUGAGAAAGCAUCAGUGAAUCAGACAACCACAAACCUGCUUCAGUAAUGGGUGAAAGAAGGUUGCCCAAUAUGACCUUCUUGCCAGAGCCAUCCUCAGCAAGCAACAAACCAAAUGCUGCCCAAAACUCUGAGCCUGUGUUCCGCAUCCCGAAGUUUACGCAUUCAAACGAUCUGAUUUUUGUUCUUGUCGCUAAAGGGUGCAUACGUACGCCACUGCUAAUAAUCUGUGUUUAAGUGAGGUGUUGGUACCCAGUUCACGAUAGCAGUUUUCUCUCAUCUGGACAUCUGUCUCAUGCUCACAAGGAUUUUCCAAGUUGAACAUUUCUUCUUCCCCGAGAUACAUAUUGAAAAACAAAAACUCAAUUUGAAUUGAUAACAGUUAAAAUUAUCCAGAAAGUUUACCACAUAGGCAGAGCCGAAUUUACGUACCCGCAGAGCUCGCAAGGGAGCCCAUGGGGACUAACAGCCCCAUGGCUUUUAGUGGCAUAGAAAUCCAGUAGACCCUGCUGAAUUUUUACAGGAGGACCCAAAAUUUAUAAAUCCGGGCCAGCACAUAGGUACAUUUUUAAGAGUUUCGAAACAUUUAGUAAACUGAGCAUAAAACAGUAUUUCAUCUUGAAAUCUUUAAAUGUUAUCAAAAAAUCUUUAAAUGUGUCCGCGAAUUUCAAAUUCUUCUGCUUAAAUGCGAAAUGUUUUUGCAACGUUGUUAGACAAUUUACAGUCAUACUAAAUAAAACCGGUGCUGUCGACAAUAAUUAUCUGUGUGAUUUUCACAUCAAGAAACAAGUUUUAUGAGCGAAAAGCUUUUUAUUGAUCCUAAAACCAGUUUUUAUUUGAAUUCCUAAAAGUUUUAGAAAUUUUGCGGCUCAAACCAUUUUUUUAAUGAACUCGGAAAUAUUUUCGAGAUUUUCACAUGAUGGACAUCAUUCAGUUAAUGAAUGACAUACUUUCAGUUAUUUCGUUGAUUUAUCAACGAUGUUUCACGCACAAUUGCUUUAGCUUCUCCAAAUGCUAAAUUUUUAAACAUGUAUGUUCAAAUUACACGUUAAGAGAAUCACAAUAAGUUCACAUUAUAAGCAGUAGGUUGUUCUAAAAAUCUAAUAAAAAGAGCAUUUCUAAUUGUUUUAAUAUUGUUUGAAAUACACAUGUUUUACAAUCCCUCGCUUUAAUAAUCACCAUAAAGCACAAACUUCACAACUUUUCCCUUAUUAUUUCAUUUGACUUCUUAUGAGUUUAGUACUACAGAAAACGUGAAAGUUGGAAUUUUGAAUAGAACAAAGUCUUUUUCGUCGAAUAUCUAAUCUUCUUAUUUAUUGGCAUGAGUUGAAAUUCAUCCGAUGCGAUGGCACGAAAAUGAUCAUCAGGACUAUUGUUUCUUCGUCUGGGUAAUGGAUGCCAUAACGCGAAAUAAAGUUUAAAACCAAGCAAUGCUGUUGGACAUUGAUUACAUCUCAGAGUAUACGUUAUUUCGUCAACAAAGUUUUUGGAAAAUAAAUUGAUGAAAUACCUGAGCACAAUUGUAAAUACACUUUGUUUUGUUGUAAUCUUUAUUAAUGUUUAUUGAAUAAA